CUAGCGCACGUGUUAUACAAUAGACGGUAAAUGUUAUGGCUGGGAAUACUAGAGUUGAUGAGAAUAAAAAAGCAGACGACACGUCUCCGAAAUCUGACAGUCGUGAAAUCGAAGGCAAUAUGAACAGAGCUGAUGAAGCUACAAGUAACAAGACGGAAUGUAAUUGUGAUAAUGAUGAGACAUCUACAGAUGAUAAUAAAGUAACAACUGUAAAUGGAGAAGAUGAAAACCAGAAAAUGGAAGAAGAUGAAGAUAAGAAAGAUCUGCAAGAGAUUGUUUUAAUACAAGAUACAGGAUUUACUAUCAAAAUAAUUGCACCUAAUGUGGAAUCAUUUGAACUACCGGUGAGUUCUAUGGAAUUGGUGCAGGAAAUAUAUCAGGUACUGAUGGAUAGAGAAGAUACAUGCCACCGCACUUGUUUCUCUUUGCAACUAGAUGGUGUGACUCUUGACAAUUUCUCUGAAUUAAAAACUAUAGAAGGAUUGAAAGAAGGCUCAGUUGUUAAAGUUGUUGAAGAACCUUAUACUGUGCGGGAGUCCAGGAUUCAUGUACGUCAUGUUAGGGAUUUACUCAAAUCCUUGGACUUAGCUGAUGCCUACAACGGUGUUGAUUGUAUUUCAUUGUCCUUCCUUAAUACGGUCACAGCUGCUGAUGUAGUGGAAAAGAAAAAGUCAAAACUUGAAUCUAUAGAUUGCACACCACCAGAUUAUAUUUUGCCCAAUAAUAAAGAAAGACCAUUGCUUCCGUUACAUCCAGGAGUCAAAGAACAAAAGGCCCCACAAUGUGUAAGAGUAUUAACUUACAGUGGUUGGAAUCCUCCUCCAGGAAACAGAAGAAUGCAUGGUGAUUUAUUAUAUUUGUAUGUUCUAACAUUAGAAGAUAAGAAAUUCCACAUAACCGCGUCCACCAGAGGUUUUUAUAUUAAUCAAUCUACAGAAGAUGAAUUUAAUCCACAACCAACACAACCCAGUUAUCUUUCUCAUUCUUUAAUAGAUUUAAUGAACCAGAUUAGUCCAGCAUUUAGAAAGAACUUUUCAGUAUUGUUGAAAAAAAGAUCCCAGAAACAUCCAUUUGAGAGAGUUCCUGCUCCUUAUCAGGUAUAUAGUUGGAUGGCACCAUUACCACAACACACAGUAGAUUAUAUCAGAGCAGAAGAUGCCUUUUCUACUAGACUAGGAUAUGAGGAACAUAUUCCUGGCCAGACAAGAGACUGGAAUGAGGAAAUCCAAAUGACCCGUGAACUAUCGCGUAAAAACUUACCAGAUCGUCUUAUAAGAGAAAGAGCUAUUUUCAAGGUACAUAGUGAUUUUGUCGCAGCAGCCUCACGAGGAGCUCAAGCUGUUAUUGAUGGCAAUGUUAUGCCUAUUAAUCCUGGAGAAGAUUCCAAAAUGCAGAUGUUUAUUUGGAACAAUAUUUUCUUUAGUCUGGGUUUUGAUGUUAAAGAUCAUUAUAAAGAUUUUGGUGGUGAUGCAGCAGCUUAUGCUGCCCCGGGUAAUGAUUUACAAGGAGUACGAGCAUAUUUUAGUUCCGAUCAGGAAGGUUUAUAUACUCUAGGUACUGUUGUUGUAGAUUAUCGUGGCUAUAGAGUUACAGCUCAAUCUAUUAUACCAGGAAUAUUAGAAAGGGAACAAGAACAGUCAGUAGUUUAUGGUUCGGUUGAUUUUGGUAAAACCGUCGUAACCAGUGAUAAAUACAGGGAACUACUUUCUAAAACAGCUACACAAUUGAAGAUUCGACCACAUAAAGUAAUUAACAAUAAAGAUGAAGAGGUUGAACUGUUUUCUUCUAUUGAAUGCAAGGGUAUUAUUGGUAAUGAUCAACGUCACUACAUCCUUGAUCUUCUACGUACAUUUCCUCCAGAUGCUAAUUAUCUACCAGUAAAAGGAGAAGAACUAAGUAAGGAAAUGAAAGAGCAUGGUUACCCACGUAAACAUCCUCAUAAAUUAGCCUGUUUACGACAGGAAUUAGUAGAUGCUUUCAUUGAGAAUCGUUAUUUAGCUUUUGUACGACAUGCUGCCAACCAGUUUCAACAAUUACAAUUAUCAAAACAAAUCAAAUUAAACAAAGAUAAAAACAAUGAAAAGGAUAUCAAUUCUAAUGAUAAUAAAGAUACAGAAGAAAAAAAUGCUACGAUAACUGAAGUAAAUAAAACAUUAGAAAAAACUCUUGGAUCAGAUAAUAAAGAUAUAUUGGAGGAUGACAUGGCUGCUGAGGAGGCCAAAAAGAUUGUUGAAACUUUGACUGGAACUGAUAGUAAUACAUCUUUGAGUGAAACUAAUGCACAAAAUUUAAUUCAAAAAGUUGAAGAAAAUACAAGAGAAAUAGUGAAGAAAGCUGCAAGAGCUGUUUGUUCAUUGUCUGAUACAGAAUUCAGUGUUACAUUUAAUCCUGAUGUCUUUCAACCACAUGUUAAACAUUUUGAUGAAGAUGGUGAGAAUAUGAAACGUGAAAAACAGAUUGUUAAAGAUGCUUCAGAAUUUCUUGUCUUGCAUCAAAUUCCUACCCUUAUAAAUGACUGUUUAGAUCACAGUUCUUCCCCGAUAGACGGUUCAACUUUAACGGAGGCUAUGCACAAUAGAGGGAUAAAUGUCCGAUAUCUUGGUAAAGUGGCUGAGAUGUUUGCUAAAUAUAAUUCUGUUUCUUACGUUUAUAGCAUUGCUGUAGGAGAAUUAAUUUGUAGAUCUGCUAAGCAUAUUUAUAAAACCUACAUGCAAGGUGUUGAUAUGGUUAAUUUAUCAUCUGCUAUCAGCCAUUUUUUAAACUGCUUGAUUGGCAGUCAUCCCAACCCGACAGCACAGAUCUCGGCAGAAGAGAUUCAAAAUAGAAAAGCAAGAAGGAAGAAGAAAUAUAAUCAACGUGUGGUAGUACAUGCUGAUAACACAGAAUGGUUGAAUGAAAGUCCCAAAUCACUGUGGAAGAAAAUAGUUGACGAAACUGAAGAUUAUUAUGGCUAUACAUUAGAAUGUGACUCGAUAGAAUGUUCUAUAGAUAAAUAUGAUCUACAGAGAGUAUCGGUAUUACGCGCUUUCUGUCGUACAGUUGGUAUACAGAUAUUAUUAAGAGAAUAUGACCUGAAUGUAAACGGUAAACAGAUAUUUAAUGAAGAUGAUAUAAUCAAUGUAUCGCCUAUAGUUAAACAUAUGCAUCCAAAAGUAGCAACAGAUGCAUAUCAUUUCUUUACUAGUGGUCAGACUAAAAUACAACAAGGUUUAUUGAGAGAGGGGUAUGAGUUAAUAACUGAGGCAUGGAAUCUAUUAAAUAAUGUGUAUAUAGCACUACAUCCAGAAAUAGCUGCCUGUUUACGUCUAUUAGCUAGACUCAAUUAUAUCAUGGGAGAUUAUGGCGAGGCCUUGUCAUAUCAACAGAAAGCUGUUAUCAUGAGUGAACGAGUCCAUGGAAUAGAUCAUCCAAAUACUAUUACUGAAUAUGCUCAUCUUGCCUUAUAUAGUUUUGCAAACAAUCAUAUCUCUAAUGCUUUACGUCUAAUGUACAGAGCUCGUUAUCUAGCUUUAUUAUGUCAUGGUGAAAAUCAUCCUGAAGUAGCUCUUAUUGAUAGUAAUAUUGGUUUAAUACUACAUGCAUUAGAAGAAUAUGAACUGUCAUUAAGAUUCUUGGAAAAGGCACUCAAACUGAAUAUCAGGUAUUUUGGUAGUAAGAGUUUAAAAGCUGCUAUGAGUUAUCAUCUUGUAGCAAGAACUUAUUCUUGUCAGGGCAACUUCCGUGCAGCUCUACAAAGUGAAAAAGAAGCUUUCUCCAUUUACAAACAGUCAUUGGGAGAUGAUCAUGACCGUACUAAAGAAAGUUCCGAAUGUCUGAAACAUUUAACCCAACAAGCUGUAGUAUUUCAGAAGAAGAUGAAUGAGAUCUGCAAAGGAGAGAAAAAUAUGACAUUCCCACCUAUACAGAUUCAAACCCCCUCGAUGUCCAGUGUAUUGGAUACACUAAAUAUCAUCAAUGGCAUUGUUUUUGUUCAGAUAGGUGAUAUUGAAAGAUUAAAGAAAGAAAUGGCUAAACAACAAGGUGAACAAAGUGAAGUGAGCAAAACAGCUGAAGAAACCAACAAAAAUAAUCAAAGUGAUGUUAAAGAAAAUGGCGUGGAGAGUGAAACGAAUAACACAGCCAAUAAAGACGAUAUUAGUAUUGAACUUAAUGAUAAAAGUGAGACGUUAAAUCAUAUACCAGCUAUAAAUGGAGAUGUAGUUUCAAAUAACAAACAACUUCUGGUUACAUCUGGCCCUCAGUGAAAAUAAUCUACAUUAUCCUAUUGUUUUUUGUUAGAUUUUUUUUUAUAGAAUUAUCAACAGUAUUUUGUUUUAAGAAAUGUGGUGAAAUGAAUGAGGAUUGCAAGUUGAUAUUUUUGUGCUCCAUAAUUUCGUGCUCAUCAUAAUAUUAUGUAUUCAAAAACCAUGUUUAUGGGAUGGAACUAAGUAACAAAUAUGCAUAAAUUAUAUUACAUAUAUAUGACCAUAUAUUAAUCAGGUGCUAUCAACAGUUAAAUACUGUAUGAAAAGGAAUAAGUUUAUCUUAUAUUGGAUAUCACAGCAUGGUUUAGUUUAUUCAAUAGUAAUAUACAGAAAAAUCGUAUGAAAAAGAAUAAGUUUAUCUAAUAUUGGAUAUAACUAUAUGGUUUAGUUUAUCCAAUUAGACUGGAUCUCCAAACAUGUCUUCCUUUUUUAUAUGCCCACAAUGAAAUGUGGUCGUAUAUAUCGCUGUCUGUAUACUCCAUGCUUGUUGACAUUCGAAGCCUAUUAUCCGAUUGAUUUGAAAUUUAGACACUGUCUAUGUUCAGGAGACAAAAAAGUCUUUUGAUCUUCAACUAUAAUAAAUGUUAGCACUCAGAAGAACUAGAAGCCAAUCAAAUUUUAGUUAUUUCUGACAAUUAAUUGGUGGGUUGUUACUCUUAUCAGUUUUUAGGGUCUUGUGUAAUUUUACCCACAAAAGAAUAUGAGAUAACCUUGUCUACUCAAGUGACUUGGUGAUUGUAGGUGUAUGUUUCUUUGCCUGGAAACAUAUCUGUUAUACUUGGUAAUGAAGAAAACUUUUUAAAAUCAUACAAAAAAAUAUUUUUGUUCUCGGAUAAUCCUUAUCAAAAUCUGAUGCAGUAGGGAGGUUUUUAUUUUUGUAUUUUUAUUUUGUCAAAGGAUCACAUUUCAGGGAACUACAUUUAUCGCAUGUUUUAUUGGAAUGUAUGAGUAUCCAUAUAUGAUUAGUAGGGUUAUAUACUUGAUAAAUGAGCCUUGUUUUAUAGAUGUACUUCUAGUAACUGGGGUAAAAUAUUUAUAUGCGAUAAUUAAUGAGACUUUUUAUUUUUUGACGCUGAAUUAUCCGAAAACCAGAAUAAUUUUUUUUUAUGGCCUAAAUCUUGAAUAUUCUGGGCUGUGCAACACUAUUUAAAUUAAUUUGUUUUUCUGUUGAAUGUGUUUGAAAGUAUUAAAUGUUAGAUGUAAGGAUAGUAAAUGAAGUAGAUUUUUACAAAAUUGGAAAUUGGAUUUUUGACUCCGUCCUGACAAGAAUUGAAUAAGGUAAAGGAAUACUAUAUUUGAAAAUCAUAAAUGCUUUGUGCAUAUGUGAUUUAUUUGUAAUAUCAAUUAACAAUACAAACACAUAUCACAUUAUCAACAAAGACAUUCAUUUUGAAUUUUUCUUAUUUUUUAAAUAGUCAGAAAACAAGCCAGCCUUAACUGUUUACAUCGAACAAAAUAGGGUAUGAUUUUAUUCAUAACGGAUGCUGGACAUUGUAUGAUAAUCAUGUAAUUUAUUUGGUAGGGGUGAUGCUUUUUUCGCGACCACUGAAAUAAUACAGAAAUCAUAAAGCACAGGUCAGUCUUGUAUGUGUCUCUUUUGUAGAUAUACCAUUUAUAACGUUUAUUUUAUGAAAAUACUGGGAAAAUGUUGAAAAAGGAAAAAAAAUAAUUGAAAUCUGCAUUAUUUCAGAAAAGAAUUAUCUGUUGUGGGAAUGGAAAAGCACCACUCUUAGUUGAUAAAAUAGAAAAAAGAUCUUGAUUUUAUUUGUUCAAGUUACUACUAGUCAAAUAAGAUAGAUAAUAUAAAUAAGCUAACUAUAAAUUUUUUUUAUAUUAAUUUUCUUGCCAUGAAUUUACCAUAAUUGUAUAGAUUAGAUUUUUAUAUGGGUCUGAUCAUAUAGAUUAUAAUUAGCUUCAAUAUAUUGAAGAGUUAACUGGAUGGCAGAUCAGGCCUGGACUUUUUCCUUUGGCCAAUUGUUGGUCAGUAAAAUUCUGCAUUUUGUUAUUGUUUAUAAAUAAUACAUGAAUUAUGGACCUCAUACUGGAUUUAUACACAAUCUAUAUUAUAGGCAUUCCUUUGGUCUGUUUACCAGAAAAUUUAUACACAAGUAGUUUGUCAUGUUGUCAUGGCAGAAAUUUAUAUAAUAGAGGUGACCAAUCAAAUGUAAAAAUAAAAAAUAGGCAUAAAUCUAAAACAGACCAAUUAUAAGCCAAUUGUUUGCAUUUAAAACAAACAUUUUUAUGUACAAUGAAAAGAGUAAUAUUGUUUUUUGUUAUUUUAAAAGUAAAUAUGAUUUGAAUUAAAAAUUGUAGAUAUUACAGUUUAGUGCUACAUAUAAAUGUGAUAAUGAAAAGACAUUACAGUAUAAUAUAGUGAUAACCUUAAUAAUGAAACUCAGUAAAUUGUUAUUUAAUUUUCUUAUUAUAUAACGCAGACUCCAGUGUGUGUAAUAGUAGACAGUGAUCUCUUUGUUGAUCAUGUAGUGUGAAUUUCACUUAAAUUAUUUUGAGUGUAAUUUUGAGUGAAGUCUUUUGUGAGGUCAUGUUGCCCAGGAGUCUGGUUUGGAAGAAGAGUGCGGUUAUGAAAUCUUGAAACCUCAAAACUUUCAAUAGAAAAAUUAUUCAUUCAUGUUCUCGAUUAACAUUUCAUUGUGAUUUUUGCAUCGUUUCAAUACACACAAAUUUUCUAUAUGUACAUACAGAACCCGAUCCUUGCUUUUAUAGGUCAUGGAGGAGUGGUCACAUAUGAACAUUAGAAAACUGGAAUUGUCAUCUAAUCAAUAUCUUGUUUUCAUUUUGUUGAUUUCACUUGUAUAUGCAGUGAUAUGAGGGACAUUUAAAAGAGGGGAUACAUAUUUUUAGCAUUCUCCGCCUACAGGGGUUUUAAUCUGGUACUGCCUCACAACAUUAUUAUAAAGCUUCUUUCUAUAUUAAUAUUAUAACUGUGUUAGUGAUGUGUGAUAGAUAUAUAUAUAUAUGAUAGGAAAUAGUCAGUUGUUAUGUGUGUGAUUUCAAGUAUUGAUAGUUAAUAUAUAAAUGUAUGUGUGGGCUAUGAUUUCAUAGAAGUAAUCAAAUUGACUAGAAAGUAAUAAAAAAAAUGAUAUUUA